AUGCAGGCACCCCCGCGCGCCCGAGCGCAGAUCAUCCGUGCUCUCCGGAACCAGCAGCCGUCGAAGGUGGAGUCCUGGAUGGGGGGGCUCCCAGAGGAGUGGCGCGCCAGGGUGGCGGCCGCCAUCGCCCGCCCCCCGGCAGGUGGUGACUCUUCGGAUGAGGAGCCCGCGGCGGUCGAGCAGGAGGAGGCCUCGCGGGCGGCUGCCCCCGCUGGCGUGGAGCCGGCGGCGGUCGAGCAGCCAGCCGCCCGCCCGCCCGCCCAGGCGCAGCCGGCGGCGGUCGAGCAGCCAGCCGCCCGCCCGCCCGCCCAGGCGCAGCCGGCGGCGGUCGAGCAGCCAGACGCGCGCCCGCCCGCCCAGGCGCAGCCGGCGGUGGUCGAGCAGCCAGACGCGCGCCCGCCCGCCCAGCACAGCAGCGCGGAGGGGCCUCGCCCCAUCGGCAACGAGGUUCUGGAUCAGGGGGCGUGGAGCAGCUGCUCGGCGCACGCCUGUGCAGCAGCAGCGAGUUCGGCGCUUGCGGCCAAAUACGGCGUCUGGGUCGACGCGCGGCGGCUGGCAGAUCAGUUCAUGGAUCGUGGCUGCCUCAGUGCCCAGUGGCCUGGCCACCUGUUGGCCAGGGUCGGGGCGCUGCGCCUGCUGGUCCGCGAGAGGGUUUUCACAUGCCUCUUCGCGGCGCGGGCCACGUCGAGCUUCAGCGAGGCCUCGUGGAGUGUGUGCCGCGCGGCGGGGUGGCGGCUCGUGGUGGUCGUCGCGAAGUGGGGCGCUCCCAAUUCUCAGGGGCGCGCCCCGACCCAUUCCCUCCUCGCGCGCCGCUGGGGCGCGGCGGAGACCGGGAUUCGGUGCAUCAACAGCCGCGGGGAGGCCGCGCCGUAUCCGCUCGUGCGGGAGACCGACUUCGAGCGCGCGUACUUCGUCGUAGCGCGCAUCUCCGAUUGCGCCGUGCCCGGCCAGAAGGGCAAAGAGAUGCCAGCACCUGUGCCGCCCAUGCUCGCGGAUUGGGCGCGCCUCAUUCCCAGGACACGUGCUGUCCGCGAGCUGCUCAGCGGCUGGCCUGCUUUCUCGGCCGGGUGGACCCGCGGCCCCUCGCCGCCGGCGGGCCACUUCCGCCGCCUGAACACGUCGAACGUGGGCCCCGUGGACUGGGCCUCCAGCGAUGAGGAGAAUCCGAACUCCCGCGCCCCUGCCCAGGAGACCCUGACCCAGGCCCUCGGGGACAUUCUGCAGAGAGGCGGCGUAGCAAGCCAGGCGGCCCCCGCGGCGCCUGCGGUGUCCGAAUCGGGAUCACCGCUCGACCAGGUGGCCAGGAUCCAGAAGUCCGUGCAGGACCAAUGUCCCACGGCGGGCAAGGGGAAGCAGGCGGUGUUGUCCAUCCUGAAGUUCCUGUGCGAGGCGUCGAUCUCGAACAACCAGCUGAGCAACCGCCGCAAGCUCUGCGUUCUGCUGUUCAUCGACGGCGAGGCGCCCAGCUUCGAUGCGAACGCCUGGGAACUGCUCACCGCUACGGGGGGCUUGUUGGCAAUGGUCGGCGGCGCAGACAGAGACCCUGGAGCGUUCGAGUGCGUGGUGUUCCAAUGGUCCCAAGUCCAGCCCGUGGCGGCAGGCUUUCUCACCAACGGCCCUGCGAACGUGAUGCAGGGGCUGCGUGAGUUCGCCAAGGAGCACGCCGCCGCGUUGCAGAAGACCACGAACAACAAUGUCUGGAAGGGCAACUGGGCGCUCCGCUGCGGCGAGAUGAUGGGCAGCUUUAAGAAGCAGUGGGGCAGCGGCAGUCUCCGAGCACCACUCGCUAAGCUGUUCCUCGCGCACUGCGAGACGCCGAAGCCGCAGUCGAAAGGCGCCAAGUGCCUGGACGUCUACCUGGACGCCCAGUGGGACCCAGCUCCAGCUCAUCGCGACAAUAACUGCUACGUGAGGGUUCCGUGGAAGUACUAUUGGACGCCCGCCGAGCUCGAGGCCGAGGGCGUCGUUGAGGCGGACUGGGCCGACCGCCUCGCAACUUUCAUUCAGGGCCUGUACUUCGACAACCACGGCGUGUUCCAACUCGAGCUGGCCGCCCUGCACCUUGCCUUCGCGCAGGUGACCUCCGCAAAGAUGACAUUCCAGAUCGGCGGGGGCGGAGGCGGGAAGCACGCCGAGUCGCAGCUUCAGGAACACCUGUUCGGUACCGACCACGUGCACUACCUCGACUGCGGCGCCUUCCAAGACCGCAACGAGUGGCGCAAGGAGUGCGACGGGGGCGCCUCGUUCCUGGGCGACAUCUGGAAGCGCUUCGUUGUGGACGAGGCGCUCGCCUGCCGCGUGAACUAUGGCUUCAACAGCAGUCGCAAGUUCGGCGAGUCCAAGAAGAAGGCGCUGGUGCAACUGCAGCGCAGGAUCAUCUGCUGCCGUAUAGGCCGCGCGCAGUUCGUGAACGACCCGAAGGGCGUGGAUCAUUCCAAGGGGUGGUUCCUCAAGAUCCCGCAGGCGGAGCUCGACCCCUUCCUCGCCCACUGCGCGGAGGGGUCCAUCGCCAACUGCCUGCGCAGGCAGGACAACUUGAUGGCCGUCUGCCCGAGAGUCGCUCGGGGCACCGCGUGGCUGGGCACGCGCCUCAGCGGCGGCCAUGAUGCUCCGCCCGGCGAGGAGGACGAGACCCACGCGGAGGCCGCGAAGCUCGUCGUCGCCGCCCACAAGGCCACGCCGGCCAAGCCUGUCCUGAAGGAGUACUUGUUCUCGCGGGCAGGAAACGUGCCUCUAAGGCAAAACCUGGUCGAUGCUCUGGAGAAGUCCCCCGUGGCCCUCUUCCAGCGCUCCGACGCGAACGCGGUGCGGAAGCUCUUGGUCAACUACGACAGCAUGGUCGAAGCCAUGGUCGCGAAUGGGGGCGAUCAGGCGUUCGGGAGCUGGGGCGACUGGGGAUCCCCGUUCGACCGCGUCGAUAGCCAGGCCAACCUGACGCAGGGCGGGGCCGUGGAGUGGUGCAGCAUGACCCUGGAGAACAUGAGCGAUGUCACUGGCCGCGAGGGCAGGCUGGCCACGGACUUCAAGUGCACAGAAAAGCCAGAUUUCAUCGGCCUGAUGGAGUAUGCGAAGACUGGGGACGAUCGGGGGCAGCAGAUGCUGGAGGCGUACCUGCAGAGGUGCGAGGACGCCUGGGUGGCCAGCGGCCAGGGCUCUUCCGUCAGCCUGCAGGUGCCGUACCAGACGAAGGAGUGGUACAAGCGGAAGUUUGCGCGCGGGCCUGCUGGGCAGAAGCUGUCUCGCGAGGCGAGGGAGGUCGCUUUCCCUGACCAUGUGGGCUCCGACGCUCCGUGCUGCCACCCGCGGCUCUUCAAAGUAGCCCUGCAGCGGGCGGGCGUGUACUCCGUGGACCGCUUCCCCAUGCUGGCGCGCGUGUGCCGCUUCUACAAGCAGUGGAGGUCCGCGCUGUCGCAGUAUCUCGGAGUCCCAGUGGAAGAGGCGAAGGUGGAGAUCAUCAAGAUCUUCGAUGGAGCCAGGCCCGUGGCCCAGGUACUGUGGCUCCUCAAGCUCUGCAGCGAGGUCAUGGACGGCGUGGCCGCCGUGCUGGCGCACGCCGAGUUCGCGGCCUACAGGCAGCUGUACGCCGACAGGCCGUCUCCCGAUUACAGUCGGAUGGCGGCCGUCCUGUCCCAGCUGGAGGACGACGCUCUCAUGGUCCUCAUCACGAGCCGCCGCCGCGUUGCCGCCACCGCCAGCGAGGUGCUGCUCUUCGACGGCUGCCUUGCGCUGGCGACGUGCUUUCAGCAGGAGGCCCUGGUGCGGCUGGCGGUGGCCACAGCGAACGAGGCCUCCUGCGUCGAAUUCGCCAUCCAAUCCUGGCCGAGCACUUCGCCCGAUCGUUUGGGCGUUGCCGUCCUGCACGGCUGCGGGUCCCAGAUCUGUCUCCUCCAGACCCCCGUGCCAGACAAGGGCAACUUCCUCCUGACGGCGGCAUGGUGGGCGGGCAUGGGCGCCCCGAUGGCGGACCUCUCUCCGGAGGACCUGGCAGUCCUGACAAUGCAAGAGGUCAACGACAACUCCCUCUACAGCUCCCAGAGGGACAACUCCGCCGCGACCUUCUUCGUCCCCGUGCACGAGCACCUCAUUUUCGAGGAGGUCCACUCUGGCCGCUCGGUCGUGGUCGUGGAGGACCCCUCCCGCGCGGGCGCGCCGAGGCACGUCUACGGCCUGCGGUGCAGCAACAGGGAGCUCGGGCUCUUUGACCCCGCGGCCCCCGCGCUCGUGCAGGUGAUGCAGGCGGAGUACUACCUCGACAUGGCGCAGGGCCGCAACCUGGUGUACUACAUGCUGGAGCGUCGGAACAGAGUCAGCGAGGCCUGGCGCAGGUUCACAAAGGGAGAGGAGGUGGCCGCUCGCCCGAGCUACAGCGGCGAGGACCUCAAGGACAUGUUUACCAACAGCACCAAGACGGUCGAGGAAAACAAUGCGGACAAGGGGCCUGCUGGAGGGGCCAGCACGGACGACGGGAUGAGCAAGACGUGGCAGAGACGCGUCGUCGACCCGAAGAUCAAUUCUGACGCCUCGGUCUCCUGA